AUGGCGAUUGUUGAUCCUGAGUAUAAAUUUACUUGUAUAGAUGUAGGAGGAUAUGGUAAAAAUAGUGACGGUGGUAUCUUCGAGGCAUCAGUUAUGGGUAGAAGAUUUGCAAAUGGCACUUUUAACAUUCCUCCAAGUAGACCUUUACCAGGUGAAGAUGCUGAAGUUCCGUGUGUUUUGAUAGGCGAUGAAGCCUUUACACUCAGUACUUAUUUAAUGCGACCGUUUCCCUAUAGACAAUCAAGACAUGACUAUAAUAAAGAAAAUUUUAACUAUCACUUGUGUAUAGCGUGUCGCGUUGUGGAGAACGCAUUUGGAAUACUGGCACACAAAUGGAGAUUGUUUUUUAGACCAUUAGAAGUGAAGGUGGAAACAGCUACAAAACUUGUCAAAGCGGCUUGCGUAUUACAUAACCUUUUACGGAUAAAAAAAAUUGAUCAACAAUUUGUAAACUUACAAGAAACUAUUGAUAGAUCAGUACAAGUGUUGAAUAACUUGCCGGUUGACGGAAGAAGAGCAAUAAACCUGGCCUUUAAUAUACGUGAAAAAUUUGUCACAUAUUUCAAUAACUUUUAA